AUGGUAAGACAGAAGAUGUUGGCCAAGACGUCGCGAAUCGUUGCCCUCUGCUCCAUUGCCAACUUCAUCAAUGCCGCGGACCGAGUCAUCAUGCCCAUUGCCAUAGUGCCCAUGACAGAUGAGUACAAGUGGUCUCUUCAUUGGCAAGGAUGGAUCCUGUCCGCAUUUGCGUUUGGUUAUUUUACCAGCCAGAUUAUAGGCGCUUGUGCAGCUAACCGUUUUGGAGGCAAAUUAGUCCUUUUGUUUGCUGUGUUUCUGUGGUCUGUAUCAACCACUAUAACUCCUCUCCUGGCGACUUCAGUUCCAGCUCUUAUAUUCUGUCGGGUCCUCCUGGGCCUCGGUGAAGGAUUGGGAUUGCCAACAAUAUUUCACAUAUUUGCACAUAGUGUUCCCAUAGAGGAAAGAUCUCGCGCCUUUGGCUAUCUUGUUGCUGCAGGAUCUGUUGGACAAUUUGCAGCCUCUGUUUUGUGUCCUCAUCUUGCAUGGCAAACUGGUUUUUAUCUGUUUGGAACCCUUGGAAUUACGUGGGUUCUUAUUUGGUUAAUGUUAUACCAUGAUAACUCUAGUACUUCAGCUGAUGAAAUACCAUUAUUUGUUCCUAAGGUCACCAACCCCAAUGUUCAGUGGUGUGAGUUUGUCAGCCAUUGGCCAUUAUGGGCAUUGUAUAUAGCACAUUUUGCUAUGAAUUGGUCAAAUUACAUUAUCAUGCAGUGGUUACCAACGUAUUUGGCCCGAAAUCUUGGUGCCAACAAAGAAAGCAUAAGUCUAACUGCUGUACCCUAUGUGGUCAACUCCUUGACAGGAAUUCUUUCAGGCCAUUUCGCUGACACAUUAAUACUACGUCGGUGGACUGUCCUCUCUGUGCGAAGACUGAUGACCAUCCUAGGACUUCUUGGGCCUGGAAUUUUCUUGCUGGCAUUUUGUGCCGUUGACAACAUGCUGGCUGCAGUUAUUAUUGUUUCCAUAUCAAUGGGUAUGUGUGCUUGCAAUUCAGCUGGACAUCUUAGCAAUCAUGCUGACAUUGCUCCAAAUCAUGCAGGAGUGACAUUUGCCAUUUCAAAUACACUGGCAACAAUCCCAGGAAUUUUAUGUGGACCUUUGACUGCAGAAUUAGUGACACAAUCUCAUGGAAGAUGGUUUCCUGUAUUUGUUUUGGCUGCAGGCAUCAACUUCACUGGUGCUAUAAUUUAUGUGAGCCAAAGCUCAGCUUCACAAGUUCUAUGACCUCAUAAUCAUAUCACAAGAUCAAGAUGCUCUUCAUUUCAGAACGAAAAUUAAGGUGAAUCUUAGGCACUGAUAUUGAAAAUAUUUCAGCGUGCAGGAAAUGUGGUGAUACAUCAAGACUCUGUGUACCGAAUUUAGUGUUAAGCUGCCUAUAAUAAUAAGGUUUAUGAUUUGUACAGAUUAUCCACAUGUGAUAUAAUGUUUCUUCAAGAUGAAUUAUUGAAACAACCUGAAAGAAUUCAGGCUUUUUGAGUGGGUUUUAAUGGCAUUGGGGCUAGGUUUUGUACUUAUUCAGUGAAAUGCUGAAUAUGACAAUGGACAGGGUACUCCUGCGAAAUGAUACCUCACAAGAAUGAGAUCCUCUAGUCUCCAGAAGUGUGAAAUCUGUGUGUGUUCUAUGUUUAUUCUUGUAACAUUUGGGGUGUUCCUCCAAACAGCAUGCUGGGGCAUGAAGGCACUUUUCAAGUUACUUUUGUGAUAUUGAGCUAGUUUUUCCAUUUAGAUGCUCUGAAUAGCAGAAAAAGAGAUGCUUCUGAUAUUUGGACGAAUUUAAGACUUGUGGCAGCAUUAUUUUGCCUAAAAAUUUCAUUUACAUUAAGUUGACAUAAAAAUAGUGAUAAUUUUGAGAUCUAUUAUGAGGGAAUUAUUAUACAUGCUCACUCUAGAAUUACUCAAGUGAGAAUCACCUCCAUUUUUCUGAAUCAUAUUUCACCUUAACUUCGUAACUAAUUGAUGUAGGUGAAACCUUUCCUUUUUGUUGUGUAAUCCUUGUUGGUCCGUGAUAGAGUGCCAAAGAUCGAGGAUGGCACUGGACCAGGAAUGACUUGAAGAAGGGGUGCGGAGAAGUUGUUUAAAUACAGCAGGUGAUGAAAUUUCAAACAAUCAUGAAUAAUUUGCUUCCUUAACUGGAGUAUUUGUGAAAUUAUUUCGGUUGUGGAUGAUAUCAAAGAUUAAUGUUUAUCUUAUCACCUAAUUUAUCCAUAUAUUGUGAUGCUCUAUUAAAAUAGCAAUCAAUUUUCUUGGCUUAAGGCGUGCCUGGAGUUGCACCAUGGCACUCCUAAUGUCCAUCCAUCCCCUCCGCAACUUAAUUAUGUCUUUGAGCAAGUUGUACUCUGAGAUUAGUUAUUGUAAAAAAAUGGACUGUAAAUAUAGAGGAAAAUAUUUUA